UCAAGCCGCACUCGUCGCGCCGCCGACUAACUUCACCCCGCACUCCACCCGAGAGUCAGAAGCACUUUCAUAUGAGACAGCGCUCCGGAUCGGAUGCUUUUGCUUUGCACCACACAACAGGUGCGCAAUAAUCAAGGCAGCUGCUUCGUUGCCGCUCUCCAUCGGAGAAUCAGAAGCAUUUUGAUAUGAGACAGCGCUCCGGGUCGGACAGUUUUGCUUUGCACCGCAAAAUGGCUGCACAAUAGCCAAGACAGCUGCUUCGUAGCCGCUCGUGUACAUAUAUAUAUUCGGGGCUACAGGUUUCUGCACUCCCCAAUUCCUCCUCGUCUAUCAUCAUCACCGCCAUGUCGACUUCCACUAAAACCCCCCGCAAGGACGUUAAAGUCGGUCAUAAAAUCUGGGCAAAGAUGAUCAUCGACGCGAACGCGCUCAACAGGCCGUCUGGCAAGCUGUCCACGACGAUGAAGAACAUCUUCAAUCACAAGCCGGUGCUCAAGCAGGCGUACGUGCUCAAGGUCGAGUCGACCCACCUCGUCGUCGCGUACACCACGACGUUCGGCGAAGACACUGCCCUCCCAGAGAACGUCAAGGACCACUCGGCGUGGUACCCCAUUGCGCCUGCGACGGGCGCGCACCCGCCGCUUCCGGAACUCCCGUCCCGCAAGCCCGCGUGGAUCUACCUCGGGCCGGUCAUCAACGUUGACGACGAAAUCGUCGAGGUCCUCACGGAGAGCCUGUCGGAGGAGUCGAUUGAGAAGGUUAUCGCGGCGCUCAAGAAAUAA